CGGUGUGAUCCGACUGGGGCGGGGACCGCGAGACGGCGGUAGUGACGGUGGGCUUUUCCGGGGACGAUGCCCUCCGCCUUCUCAGUCAGCUCUUUCCCCGUCAGUAUUCCUGCCGUGAUCACGCAGACAGACUGGACCGAGCCGUGGCUCUUGGGACUGGCCGUCUUCCACGUGCUGUGCCUGCUGCUCACGUGUCUGUCCUCCCAGAGGCAGGGACUGCAGGUCGGACAUUUCCUGUGCUUGGUGAUUCUGGUGUAUUGUGCUGAGUAUAUCAACGAAGUCGCGGCCAUGAACUGGAGGUUAUUUUCGAAGUACCAGUAUUUCGACUCACGGGGGAUGUUCAUUUCCAUAGUGUUCUCGGUGCCGCUUCUGCUCAACGCCGUGAUCAUCGUGGUGAUGUGGGUCCGGAAGACCUUGGAUGUGAUGACUGACCUGAAAACUCUGCAGGAGAAGCGAAGAGGAAGGAAAAGGAAAGGAGAGUGACGCGGGAGGUCGCGUUGGUUUUCUUGGGGGCACCGGGUUUCCUCCGCGUCGUCGUCGUGGGCCUCCCUGUCAGCGCCCCGCACGUCUGCACGGAGGGUCCGCGCCCCAGAGCACACCUUGCUUUGCCCUUUAAAUAAACGUGGCCAACACUGCCGUCUGUG